UAGGUCAACGCACUUUCUUUACACCAACCCAGCAUGGCGGACGAAAACGAAAAACUUGCAGCUGCGAAUGCUGACACUAGGCGGCUUGGUGCCCAAAAACAGACCCUGGAUGAUGCUUACGCAGCCCCAGCGAACUUCCUAGAGAUUGAUGUGAUGAACCCAGAGACACAUGGUAUCGCCAAGAAGAGAUAUACCGACUAUGAAGUUCGGAUGAGGACCAACCUCCCAGUUUUCAAGAUGAAAGAAUCUUCCGUCAGACGAAGAUACAGUGAUUUUGAGUGGCUUAGGAAUGAACUGGAAAGAGACAGCAAGAUUGUGGUCCCUCCCUUACCUGGCAAAGCCCUGAAGAGACAGCUGCCAUUCAGAAGUGACGAUGGCAUUUUUGAUGACGAGUUCAUCGAGGAACGACGCCAGGGCCUUGAAUCAUUUGUGAACAAGAUCUCUGGCCACCCACUCGCACAGAACGAGCGCUGUCUACACAUGUUCCUGCAGGAACCAACCAUAGACAAGAACUACGUGCCAGGCAAAAUUCGCAACACAUAAAAAGACAAGUAUCCAAUCUCACAGCACCGGCUGACAUCUUCAACUCCUGCCUGUACAGUUUGACGGAACGUGUCACGCAGGUUGUAUCCUGAGUUUCUCUUUUAUACCAAGUACAGAUAAACCAGUGGAUGGCUUGUUUCAGUGUGUACAUCUCUGCAUGUAUUUCUGCUUUGUUUGAUUGUGAGACAGCGUAUAGGGUCAGUAGCUAGACAAACCCCUGAGAGAUAUGGGAAGACUUUAAAUCGUGUUGGAGGUUAUGAAGCACGCAUCAUGUGUUCAAACAAAGUAUGGAAUACUUGGCAGGAAAUAUUGGAGAAUCCUCACAUCCACACAAAAAAAUUGUUUUGUUCCUUUAUUUUUUAACACUUUUAAUUCAAUCAUUUUGUAUGGGGUUUGUCUGCAUUGAAAUGUGUAGAAAUCUUCAACAGUUCUUUCCCGCCAUAAGUGGUUGUGUUUCUAGAAGUAUUUUGGAGUCUGGAUGUCAACUGCGUGUAGAUAUGGGUGUCAUGCUUUCUGGUGAUGAAAAUCAAACCAAGACCUUUUUGAUUGAUAAGAAUAUUUUCAACUAUCGGAGGCAAACCUGGAUUGUAAAUUUUCAUCCUUCUGAUUGAUAGUGGUAAGAUUGGAUUCAAAACACUUUCUUUUAGUGGUUGCUUGAAUGCAGGCUUCCGAAAAACAUCUUUAAAGGAAUGAUCAAAUAAAAAAAUUUAAAAUAGAAUAAUUUUGAGUUGAUUUCCGUGCUUUUGUGUAUUCUCACUAUUCUGAGGUGUUUAAUAAACACAUUUUCAUCGGGCAUGACAACAAUGUAACAGAUUUUGUAACAUAGGAUAAUUUUCAUGCAGCAUAACCACAUAUUUUGCCUUUAGAAGCUGAUAUUCAGUCGCACUUAUUGUAAUGCCACCUAUUAAAUUACUAAUAUUUGAAAAUCCCUGAUUUAUUGAUAUUAUGAAAUGGCAGACUGCAUUUCCACUUAGCUUUCUGUGAUAGGAAUGACUACUUCAUGCAUGUACAUGUGCGCUUUGCCAAAUCAAUGUGAAAAAACCACUUGUACAAUUCUCCUGAUUGCUAUUUUACUCCAAAGUAAUCAAUGCUGUUUUUUGUAAACUGUGCUAAAAAUGUAAUGAGACUGCAAAGGUGCACACAUUCAGGUAGAAUAGAUAAGGUUAUCAUAAAUAUUUGUUAUCAGUUUUGGUCCUUUCGUCAAGAACAUGAGUGUGAAAAGGUAAAUCAGAAAAGAAAAUUUGUUCAUGAAAGAAACUCUCAUUGGUGUAGCUAAGUGUCAGACUUGUGUCCCUCAAUCUAAGCCCAAGUAUUAAAAAUAUUUUUACAAAUGCACACUUGUAUUUACAUACACAGGUAUACAUGUAGCUUUUGUUUAACGUAAAGUUUUCUUGCUUUUUCAAAUGUAUCAAGUGGGAUUAGUCUUACAUGUACAGAUUUGUGUUGAUUAAUCAGUUCAUUAAUUUUUCCUCAAUUUUAGUAGAAUUUAAUCCAACAAGUAUGUUUAUGAAAAUGACUUUGUAGUUUAAUUAUAUUCUAAGAUGCCAGUUGCUUGCAGAUGGUGUUUGAAGAUUUAAAGCACUGGGGACUAAAAAUGACAUGGAAAUUAUCAGGCUUGACGUGUACCAAUGAGGUAGCAGUUUCACUUGAGGGCAUUAGGUUAUCAUGGUUUCAUUAUGCAUGUAGCUUUUAUAAGCACUAUGAUAGAUGGGUGGAGUUUUGGAGUUAAGUAUCCUCUCAAGCUCCGCCUAUUGUAUACUGUAGCCCCUCCCACUAAACUCCAGGUGAGAAUCCAGCAUCUGCCACUCCUAUGAAUCUUCUCAUACCCCCAUCCAUGGUUCUGCCCAUUUAUUAUCGCCUUCAUCCAUCCUCUGAUCAUCCUCCAUAACCCAUUCACAGAUUAUCCUGUGGCUCCACUCACUUAACCCUCCCCUCCCUAUCGAUAGUUAGCUCUGCCUACGGAACACACACUUGCAGCUCUUUGGAAAUGGAAUGUUAACGAAUACUCUCAAAAAUCAAUGGAGAAAAUGUGACCUGCUCCCUGAAAAUAAGGAUAAAAAGUAACCUCAGUUCGUCAUUCGAAAUAUUUCUGUCACUGUUUACCAAUAAACAGAACUUUUGGUAGAUAUAUUGCAAAUCACUGAAAUAUCAGUGGAAUUGGGCAUGGUUCUAGUAGGGUUGUACUGUACUUUGUGGAAAUUUGAACCUGAAGGUUGACUGGCAGGUAUCUUGUUUUUGUAGGAGCAGGUCACAGAUGCUGUAUAAAGACAUGUUUACAUUUGCCGUUCUAGUUGCUUUCUUACUGUGGAUUAUCAGUGUACAUGUGCUUGAACCACCUAGCCACAUUUUUCCCAUUCAAACAUGAUUUGGAAUCUUGACAAACAAAUAUGUUCAUGAAAGUUUUUACUCCUAUUGAUCUUUGGGUCAUUUUUCCAAUAACACGGAGCACCAUAUAAUGGACUUACACAUGUCAUCAGCAUUGCAUUGGUGUACUAUACAAAAGUAUUAAAACGUGAUGAUUAUUGACAUUAACACAAACUGAUGAACUAUUCUAUUUUGUGAAGUAUUUGUAUGAACAAUGCAGUGUCCCUUACACACUAAAUAUGACUUUACUUUACUCUUGUCACAUUACAUGCUUCUAUGGUUUUCUUUCAGCUAAAGUAAACUCACAUUUCACUGUAUCAAACAUUGUAAUCUGGAUUCCUUGAAGUCUUACGCCUCUAGUUUGGCUUUGUUUUAAAUCGUUUUCAUAAAGUCGCAGUCUGCCUCAACGGACAACUUUCAUAUUGCCACUUUAACCUUUGUCAACAUAUGUCUUCAAUGAAAACAACACAUUUCUUAUUUUGUAAGAGCUAAAUAAACCAGGUUGAAUUAGUGUCAUAAACCAUUAGGAAUAUGCAUGACACCAGUAACACAUGUCCACGCUCGUGCUUUACUGCUCCAAAUGACACAUAGUACUUCUCAUAAAUAAGUCUAUCAUCUCAUGAAUAAGUCUAUCUUGGAAAUUUUCUGCAUCGAAACUGACCUGCCAAAAACAAAGUAUAUGUAUAAACAGUUUUAUUGCCUUUCCCUGUCUUGAGGUUGGAUCAUGUACGUUCCAAUAAAUCAUUGAAGUGUUACGAUAAGACUUGAUUGAUUAAUCUGUAUACCUUGAGUAUUGUUUCCUUCAUUUGGACAUACCUGUACAUGUAUAAUCAAAUAAUGAGUGCAGUUUCAGUUUGAAAUCAAAAUAUACAAUUUGGUGUUUUAUUUUCUCGACAGGCUGAAUUUUUGUACAAAUCCUUUACUCUCCUCAUCAUUCAUGUAGUAUCGUUAUGUGAGAGUACAAUUUCAUUUCUUUUGGAUUAAAUUUAUUCCACGUUGAUAAAGCAUCCAUAUAGUAUGUUAGUAUACACAUAAUUAAACUGGAAAUAAAUGAAUUCA